AUGGAUCAAUCACUACAUGCAUUAUUAGACGAUAUUAACAAAGCUGCAGAUGGUUUAUCAGCACAAUAUUUUAAACCGCCAGGUAUCUUUCAUAAUGCAAUUGUUAAACAUUUGACUACUGAUAGUGUUAUUGAUUUUACAAAGAUAUUAAGAGAUACUAAGGAUCGUGAAUCUUCCAUGUUUAGAAUUGAUAAAGGUGUGGUGAAAAGAAAGGAUAGCAAAGAGGGUAUAUUUGAUUAUUUAUCUGAAAGGGAAUCAAGACAAAGGAAAAACAGGAACUUGCGUAUCCUAGAGCCUAUACCGGUUAUACAAAUCCCAAAAAAUUUUUACCUAGAACAACAACGGUUAGAAUUAUCUAAUUCUGUAGAGAUUGACAAUUUAAGAAAGUUGUAUAAUCCUAAUACAAAUAAUACUACAAGAAGCCAAUAUUCUCAAUUAUUGUCCAGAUUUUCAAAUGACGAAAAUGCCAAAAGGUUAUUAAUCUCUUUGUUCCAAGGAAGUGUAAUCAUUGAAGAUAACAUUCCAAUGGAAACGGUUAUAAAUAUAUUAAACGAGAUUAACAACUUGUGGCCUGGUUCUAAAUCUAAUCUAACACAACAAGAAAUGUCUAAGCAGUAUUUGAAACUUCAAGAGAUGAAAGUUACGCUAGAGAAACAAAUACAAGAGCAAGAAACAAAAAUGAUGGAGAAUUCAGCUAACGAUAUUCAACAACUAAUUCAAGAGAAACAUAAAGAAUUGCAAGAAUUGGAGAAACUGAUUAUACAGAAAAAAAUGAAAAAUGUAAAUGAAACCACGUCUUAA